UAUAUCCACACUCGCACCUUUACUCUUCUUUCUUGCACUUCUCUCUCUAAAAAAAACUCAGUAGGGUUUUAAUCUCUCUCUCUCUAAGACUCACUGACUUUCUCUCUGUCUGCUUGACCCUAAAUGAGAGAAUCUGGAUAGAGGAAUUCGAGGUAGGGCGGUUGAAUUUCUUUGAUUUCUGUUUGAUUUUUGAACUUUUUUUGUUUGCGGAGCUGAGGGGGGAACAGGAAGUGUUGGAUUAAAACCCUAGCUUUGGUCUUGGAUAUGGUUUUGGAACUUGCUGAUAAAGCCUAGCUUUCAGCUGGAAUCUGCUUUGAAAUGCCUGUGUUUUCGCCUCCCUAACUCGGAACACUUUCAGCGAAGCAGGUAAAGUCAAGAGAGGAGAAGGAGAUAGUACAAAUAAGGAGAAUGGAAGGGAAUGAACAUGAACUAAUGUUGGCAUGUGUGGUUCCUGGAAUCCUCUUCUCUGUGCUGGGUUCUGCUUCUUUUGCAAUACUUUGGGCUGUCAACUGGCGACCAUGGCGGAUUUAUAGUUGGAUCUUUGCCAGAAAAUGGCCUGAAUUGCUGCAAGGUCCUCAGUUGGGAAUUAUAUGUAGUUUUAUGUCCCUUGUUGCAUGGCUGAUUGUUAUCUCUCCAAUCGUGGUGCUUAUUAUUUGGGGAAGCUGGUUAAUCAUAAUAUUGGGACGGGACAUAAUUGGUUUAGCUGUGAUAAUGGCUGGUAUUGCUCUUCUUUUAGCAUUCUACUCAAUCAUGCUUUGGUGGAGAACGCAAUGGCAAAGCUCAAGAGCUGUAGCUGUUCUUCUGUUGCUGGCUGUUGGAUUGCUUUGUGCAUAUGAACUUUGUGCCGUGUAUGUUACAGCUGGUGUUAGUGCAUCUGAGAGAUAUUCGCCUUCUGGUUUUUUCUUUGGUGUGUCAGCAAUUGCCUUAGCCAUCAACAUGCUCUUUAUUUGUAGAAUGGUCUUUAAUGGUAAUGGCUUAGAUGUUGAUGAAUAUGUGCGGAGGGCAUACAAAUUUGCUUAUUCUGAUUGUAUUGAAGUGGGUCCAAUUGCUUGCUUACAAGAACCUCCUGAUCCUAAUGAGUUGUAUCCUCGACAAACUAGAAGGGCUUUGCAUCUUGGGCUUCUCUAUCUGGGUUCACUUCUAGUACUAUUUGUAUAUUCCAUCUUGUAUGGCCUGACUGCAAAGGAAUCACACUGGCUCGGGGCUAUAACAUCAGCUGCCAUUAUUAUACUUGACUGGAACAUAGGGGCAUGCUUGUAUGGAUUUCAACUUCUUAAAAACCGUGUUGUUGCACUUUUUGUUGCUGGCGCGUCUAGGGUGUUCCUGAUAUGUUUUGGAGUUCAUUACUGGUAUUUAGGACAUUGCACUAGUUAUGCAGUUGUUGCAACUGUGCUCCUAGGUGCUGCUGUUUCACGCCACUUAUCUGCUACAGAUCCAUCAGUGGCAAGAAGAGAUGCCCUACAGAGUACAGUGAUUCGCCUUAGAGAAGGUUUCCGUCGAAAAGAUCAGAAUAGUUCUGCUAGUUCUUCUGAGGGUUGUGGCUCCAGUGUGAAACGUAGCAGUAGUGCAGAUGCCGGUCAUCUUGGCAACACUACCGUGCCUUGCACUGGUGAUGUUAGUAGCUGGAAUAAUAUUGAGGGUGUCAAUAGUGAUAAGAGUAUGGAUAGUGGAAGGCCCAGUUUAGCAUUGCGUAGUAGUUCCUGCCGUUCAGUAGCUCAGGAGCCUGAAGUAGGUUCAUCAUUUGUUGACAAGAAUUUUGACCAUAACUCUCUGCUAGUUUGUUCAAGUAGUGGCAUGGAAAGCCAAGGCUGUGAGUCUAGUGCAUCAACUUCUGCAAAUCAGCAAAUACUGGACUUGAAUUUGGCACUUGCUUUCCAGGAAAAGUUGAAUGAUCCCAGAAUUACAUCAAUGUUAAAGAGGAAGGCAAGACAAGGAGACCGUGAACUCACUAGUUUGUUGCAAGAUAAAGGACUAGAUCCAAAUUUUGCUGUGAUGUUGAAGGAGAAUGGUUUGGAUCCGAUGAUCCUUGCAUUAUUGCAGAGAAGUAGUUUGGAUGCUGAUCGAGAUCACCGUGACAAUACCAAUGUGACAGUCAUUGACUCCAACAGUGUUGACCAUGUGUUACCUAAUCAAAUAUCUUUUUCAGAAGAGCUUCGACUUCAGGGGUUAGGGAAUUGGCUUCAGUUUUGCAGAGUAAUUUUGCAUCACAUAGUAGGAACUCCCGAAAGAGCAUGGCUUCUUUUCAGUUUAGUCUUCAUUCUUGAAACUGUAAUUGUGGGAGUUUUUCGUCCAAAGACCAUAAAACUCAUAAAUGCUACACACCAACAAUUUGAAUUUGGUAUUGUGGUGCUGCUUUUGUCUCCCGUAAUUUGUUCAAUACUGGCGUUCCUUCGGUCUCUUCAAGCAGAAGAGCUUGCAAUGACUUCGAAGCCACGGAAGUAUGGUUUUAUUGCUUGGAUGCUAAGCACUUGUGUUGGUUUGCUUCUUUCAUUCCUAAGUAAAUCAUCAGUACUUCUGGGAUUGUCUUUGAUGGUGCCCCUAAUGGUAGCAUGCUUGUCGUUUGCCAUUCCAAUAUGGAUUCGUAAUGGUUAUCAGUUUUGGGUGUCAAGAGUUGAGAAUGAAGGUGGUGCUGGAAAUCAUCAAACUCUGGGGAUGAAACAGGGCAUUCUUCUAUUUGUGUACAUGUCCUUAUUUGCUGGAUCUGUUGUAGCUCUUGGAGCAAUAGUGUCUGCAAAACCAUUAGAUGAUUUAGGGUACAAGGGUUUAACUGGUGAUCAGAAUGGUGUCACCUCUCCCUAUGCAUCAUCUGUUUACAUUGGUUGGGCAAUGGCAUCUGCAAUUGCUUUGUUAGUUAGUGGCUUGCUGCCCAUCAUAUCAUGGUUUGCAACCUACCGGUUUUCUCUCUCAUCUGGUAUUUCUAUUGGUAUUUUUGCAGCUGUUCUUGUGGCAUUCUGUGGUGCUUCCUAUUUGAAAGUUGUGAGCUCUAGGAUUGACCAGGUCCCAACAAAGGAGGAUUUCCUUGCUGCGUUGCUUCCUUUGAUAUGCAUUCCAGCAGUCCUGUCACUUUCUUCUGGUUUAUUCAAAUGGAAAGAUGAUAACUGGAAACUUUCUCGAGGUGCUUAUAUAUUCAUUACUAUUGGUCUUCUGCUUUUGCUUGGUGCUAUUUCGGCCAUUAUUGUUACAAUUCAUCCAUGGACAAUAGGAGCAGCAUUCCUUUUAGUUCUCCUUCUCCUUGUUCUAGCAAUUGGUGUAAUUCACUACUGGGCUUCAAAUAAUUUCUAUCUGACAAGGGUGCAGAUGCUAGUUGUUUGUUUCCUAGCAUUUCUUCUGGCUUUGGCAGCCUUUCUUGUAGGAAGGUUUCAAGACAAGGCUUUUGUUGGUGCAUCUGUUGGUUACUUUUCAUUUCUUUUCCUUCUGGCUGGAAGGGCAUUGACUGUGCUCCUUUCACCUCCUAUAGUAGUCUAUUCCCCAAGGGUGUUGCCUGUGUAUGUGUAUGAUGCUCAUGCAGAUUGUGGGAAAAACGUCAGUGCUGCAUUUCUUGUGCUUUAUGGCAUUGCAUUAGCAACUGAAGGAUGGGGUGUAGUUGCUAGUUUGAAGAUCUAUCCACCUUUUGCUGGAGCUGCUGUUUCAGCAAUUACACUUGUUGUAGCCUUCGGAUUUGCUGUCUCUCGCCCAUGUUUGACUCUUGAGAUGGUAGAAGAUGCUGUUCACUUUCUUAGUAAGGAAACUGUAGUUCAAGCAAUUGCUCGUUCUGCCACCAAGACCAGAAACGCUUUAGCCGGAACGUACUCUGCGCCACAGAGGUCUGCCAGCUCAGCUGCUCUUUUAGUUGGGGAUCCUACCAUAAUGAGAGAUAAAGGAGGAAAUUUUGUACUUCCUAGGGCAGAUGUCAUGAAAUUAAGAGACCGUUUGAGAAAUGAAGAACUAGCUGCUGGAUCAUUUUUCUCUAGACUGAGAAAUAGAACACUGCUACAUGAAGCUACCAGUGAUGUGGGCCACAGAAGAGAAAUGUGUGCGCAUGCCCGAAUACUUGCUUUGGAAGAAGCAAUUGACACCGAAUGGGUUUACAUGUGGGAUAAGUUUGGUGGUUAUUUACUUCUUUUGCUUGGUUUGACUGCUAAAGCUGAACGAGUACAGGAUGAGGUUCGUUUGAGACUUUUCCUUGACAGCAUAGGAUUUUCAGAUCUUAGUGCUAAGGAUAUCAAAAAGUGGGUACCAGAAGAACGUAGGCGGUUUGAACUUGUACAAGAGAGUUAUAUAAGAGAGAAAGAGAUGGAAGAGGAAAUCUUGAUGCAGAGGCGCGAAGAGGAAGGACGGGGUAAAGAAAGGAGGAAAGCUCUUCUGGAGAAGGAAGAACGCAAAUGGAAAGAAAUAGAGGCUUCACUUAUAUCAUCUAUCCCAAAUGCUGGCAACAGAGAAGCAGCAGCAUUGGCAGCUGCUGUUCGUGCAGUUGGAGGUGAUUCUGUUCUUGAUGAUUCUUUUGCUCGUGAGAGAGUUUCAAGCAUCGCACGUCGUAUACGUGCAGCUCAGUUAUCUCGUCGAGCACUACAGACUGGACUUAGUGGUGCUGUAUGUAUUCUUGAUGAUGAACCAACUAGCAGUGGCAGGCACUGUGGCCCUAUUGAUCUCAGUGUCUGUCACAGUCAAAAAAUUAGCAUUUCUAUUGCCGUUAUGGUGCAGCUGGAGUCUGGACCAGUUUGUCUAUUGGGUUCUGAAUUACAGAAGAAAAUAUGUUGGGAGUUUCUUGUUGCUGGAUCCGAGCAAGGCAUUGAAGCUGGACAAGUUGGGCUUAGAUUAAUUACCAAGGGUGAUAGACAAACAACAGUUUCAAAGGAGUGGAGUAUAGGUGCCAGUAAUAUUGCUGAUGGGAGGUGGCAUAUCGUUACAAUGACUGUAGAUGCUGAUUUAGGUGAAGUGACUUGCUUUCUAGACGGUAAUUAUGAUGGCUAUCAGACAGGGCUACCGCUGCAUGUCGGUAGUUGCAUAUGGGAGCAAGGGACAGAAGCCUGGGUGGGCAUAAGGCCACCUAUUGAUGUUGAUGCAUUUGGGAGAUCAGAUAGUGAAGCAGCUGAUUCCAAGAUGCAGAUAAUGGAUGUGUUUCUUUGGGGAAGGUGCUUAACUGAAGAUGAGAUUGCCACUCUCCCAGGUGCAAUGGGUUCUGCAGAGUAUAACAUGAUCAAUCUACCCGAUGAUAAUUGGCAAUGGGCAGAAUCUCCAACUAGGGUGGAUGACUGGGAGAGUGAUCCUGCAGAUGUCGAUCUUUAUGACAGAGAUGAUGUAGACUGGGAUGGACAAUAUUCAAGUGGGAGGAGGAGAAGAUCAGAACGGGAUGGUGUGGUAUUAGAUGUUGAUUCUUUUACUCGGAGGUUGAGGAAGCCUUCGAUGGAGACACAGGAAGAAAUGAAUCAACGCAUGCUCUCGGUUGAAAUGGCUGUGAAGGAGGCUCUAUUGGCAAGAGGAGAAUCCCAAUUCACGGAUCAAGAAUUUCCUCCUAGUGACCGCUCAUUGUUUGUCGAUCCAGAUAACCCCCCUUCAAAGUUGCAGGUGGUUGCUGCAUGGAUGAGACCCAUUGAAAUAGUCCGAGAGAAACGUCUUGUUUCUGCCCCGUGCCUGUUUUCUGGAGCAGCAAAUUCUUCAGAUGUUUGCCAGGGUCGAUUGGGUGAUUGUUGGUUCCUGAGUGCUGUUGCUGUGUUAACGGAGGUUUCACGAAUAUCAGAAGUCAUAAUUACACCCGAAUACAAUGAGGAAGGAAUCUAUACAGUUCGGUUCUGUAUCCAGGGGGAAUGGGUUCCUGUUGUUGUUGAUGAUUGGAUUCCCUGUGAGUCACCCGGUAAACCUGCAUUUGCCACCAGCAGAAAGGGAAACGAGCUAUGGGUCGGUAUAUUGGAGAAAGCUUAUGCUAAGCUUCAUGGUUCGUAUGAGGCAUUAGAAGGUGGACUUGUUCAAGAUGCUCUUGUGGAUCUCACUGGAGGUGCUGGUGAGGAAAUUGACAUGAGAAGUGCGGAAGCACAGAUUGAUCUUGCAAGUGGAAGAUUAUGGUCUCAAUUGUUACGGUUCAAACAAGAGGGUUUCCUACUUGGUGCCGGUAGCCCUUCGGGUUCAGAUGUGCAUAUUUCUUCAAGUGGUAUUGUUCAAGGGCAUGCCUAUUCAAUAUUACAGGUACGAGAAGUAGAUGGCCAUAAACUUGUUCAAAUCCGAAAUCCAUGGGCAAAUGAGGUUGAGUGGAAUGGUCCUUGGUCUGAUUCAUCACCUGAAUGGACAGACAGGAUGAAGCACAAGCUGAAACAUGUCCCCCAGGCAAAAGAUGGCAUAUUCUGGAUGUCUUGGCAAGAUUUUCAAAUACACUUUAGGUCAAUAUAUGUUUGUCGUGUUUACCCACCAGAAAUGCGUUAUUCUGUCCAUGGACAGUGGCGAGGUUAUAGUGCUGGUGGCUGCCAGGAUUAUGACACAUGGCAUCAGAACCCACAGUUCCGACUGAGGGCCAGAGGGGCUGAUGCUUCUUUGCCCAUUCAUGUUUUCAUUACUUUAACCCAGGGUGUGAGCUUCUCGAGGACUACAGCUGGUUUCAGAAAUUUUCAGUCGAGCCACGAUUCACUGAUGUUCUACAUUGGAAUGAGGAUACUAAAGACCCGUGGCCGGCGUGCUGCCUACAACAUUUACUUGCACGAAUCUGUUGGUGGGACGGAUUAUGUGAACUCUCGAGAAAUUUCAUGUGAGAUGGUCCUGGAUCCCGACCCUAAAGGCUACACAAUUGUUCCUACAACUAUACAUCCCGGUGAAGAGGCUCCUUUUGUACUUUCUGUGUUUACAAAGGCAUCAGUUACACUCGAAGCUUUAUAGAGGCGCUAGACCCAGCCAUCAGUUCGGCUCCAUCAUCCUUUUCGGGUUCAGAGCACAUCGACGAGAAGAAGAUUAUCCUUGUUAGUUGCUAUAUCCCUGAACCAUUCAUGUCUGGCGGCUGUUAAUGACGAAUCUGUGACUGUAAGUUGCUUCCACUCAUUUUUCGAGCGAGGUCUAGUUUCAGCCGUAGAUGCAAAAGCCACUGGUGUACUUCAUCGCCUCACCUCGAAGUGUGCUGAGGAAGCCCUAGUUCUUAGAAGUUCAUUUCGUGUUUGGGCUGAUACUCUCGAAACGCAGAAAGGUGAGACAAAACGUAUCUAUCUAUAAGCUUGCCUUUUCGGUAUCCAUCAAUUUGAAGUUCUCUCGAAGAGAGUUCUCGGGGAUGUGAAGCUGUGUACAUGAGUAGAUGUUGUAAGAAUAUAGGAUUGUGACUCUGUAAAUGAAGGGUGAUGAGAAAAGAAAAAAAAAAAGAGGGAAUAUUAAUCAAAGGGUAGAGGUAUUAGUAUUAGAGUAUGGCUUAUUGGUUGAAGGGCACAUAGCUUCGAUAUUGCUGAGUUUUAGUUGCAGUUUCAGCAUCAAUUUUGAAAUGUUGCAAGGAAAAUUGUUUGUAAAGUUGGAAGUUUUGGCUUUAAUAUAGUCAGUCUAUUCUCAAUCA